UGGGUUAAGCAGCUGGACCAAGGCCAAAGACACGAGGGAAGAUUGCUGCUGUCUUAUACUUAAGGGUUUGUGCUCCAGGAAAAUGGCAUCUUUGUCUGGUACACUCAUCUAGUAAAUGGCCCUAGAUGACUGAGGCUGCAUCCUGACAAGAGUUUUGUGUCCGAAUUAUAGAACUUGGAUACCUUUGUUAAAUGUCCACUCAGCUUAGUGGUGAUGUGGUGCAUGCCAUUGCUUCAACCUGAUUGGCUGGCUGUAACCGUGUGAUACCCUGGAGGUGGGGUUGUCGCUGCCCCCGUGGACUCUGAGCUUCUCCUGUUUUCAACUGGGAACAAUUCCUGGCUGGUGUUUGCUGGUUUGCCCACACACCUUGACUCAUAGAGCAUUACCAUAUUACAAAGUCCUACUUACAGUAUUGUUCAAAACACUUAGGCUGUCAAAGAAAAUAAUGUUGAACGGAUCUGUUGUAUCAGUGACAGUGUCAGCUUAGCCAUUUCAAAACCCGGAAUUUGUAGCAACUGUCCAAUAUCCCUGGUUUGACUUAUCAAUACCUCUUUGAGUUAUUUAAUUACUUAAUUACGAAUUAAGUUAAUUAAUUCACUGAGUUGAUGCUGAAAUUUAGUGAAUAUACUGAAUGGCUGAGGUGCCCCUGAGGAGAGGUUUGGGAACUGAAGCCGUGUUCAUCUAGCCAUCCAACUAGAUAUCAGUAACUUUUUGGAGAACAGAACACAUUCUUGUUAGUUUUUUAUUCUGUUACUCUUCAUUUUGCAUAUCAUUCUAAUGUUAAAUUGUGUUUUGUCUGAACAAACAGACAGUUACUACACAGAUAAAUAGCCUUAAAUGUUUUCUUUGACUGCCUAAGACUUUUGCACAGUACUGUAGGGUUUCUAUCAGAGAGGGACACAAAACAUCUGUCGAAUGUGAGAGAAACAUUCCCUCAAACACCCCCAACCCCUCUCAUGAAUACUCUGUACCCUUUUGAUCUUUCGUAUAAUAAUGCCCACACUCACAUUCUCACAUGUCCUACUUUUCUUCCCAAACAGUCAUUUUGUGUAUAUAUUAGUGUUAUAUAUUGAUAGCAGUGGUUCACUGCUCAUUUGUUGGCAAAUCGCUGUUUCCCCCCCCCCCAGUAAAGAGCCGCAGUGAUUUGGGGGGGGGGGGGGGUGGCGGCUGCAUGUUCAGUGGACCGGAGGCCAGAGUCUGUAUUGUGUGGCUGCUAGUGGCAUCCUCUCCAGCUGGCGUGUGGAUGCUUGUGUAUAGCUGUUAGCGCUGCCACCGUCCACGGCGCGGUGGAUUGUGACGGAGUGUCAGCGUGAGCCAGUGUGGCCUCUGUACAGCAGAAUCGCCCACCAACAGGAGUGUUACACCCCUAGACCAGGCCUGUGUAAAGAUUAUCCUCUGGAAGGCGUUUCUGCUAAUUGCUGGUUAUUGGGGGGAGGAUUGUUAGGUAUUCGAUGAUGUUAAUAGUUGUUAAAAUAGCUGUUUUUCUUAUCCUGUUAAAUGCUCUCCUGGGGUGGUUGUGGUAGUUCUUGGCUCCGGGACAGGGUUUGUUUUUUAGCUGUCAAGCUCUGUCUGCCGAAAAGCAGCAGCGGCGAGCCUUUUUGACCUGGGUGGGGGGGGCGGUCCCCUCUCUUCUUGAAGUUCCUCAGGGAGGACCUGAACUACAAGGACCCCAAAGCCAAGCACAACAGCUUCCACGGGGCUGACCUGCUCAUCAGCGUGGAGGACAUGUGGAACGCCUGGACGUCUUCAGCAGUGUAUAACUGGACGGUGGAGGAGGUGGUGGAGUGGCUCAUCAAGUACGUGGAGCUGCCCCAGUAUGCAGACGCCCUGAGGAAGAACAACAUCAAUGGCAGUGCGAUGCCUCGGCUGGCCGUGAAGAACGUCACCUUCACUGUAUCCCUGCUGAAGAUCCUGGAUCGCAGCCACACGCAGAAGCUUCAGCUGAAGGCUCUGGACACAGUUCUGUUUGGACCCCCUCAGAUGAACCCAGACAGCCACCUGAAGGACUUCAUGCUGGUGGUGUCCAUUGUCAUUGGUGUGGGCGGCUGCUGGUUCGCCUUUAUCCAGAAUCGCUACUCGAGGGAGCACAUGAGCAAGAUGAUGAAGGAUCUGGAGAGCCUGCAGAGGGCAGAGCAGAGCUUGCUUGACCUGCAGCAGAAACUGCAGAGAGCACAGGAGGAUCACCGCACAGUGGAGGUAGAGAAGGUAAACCUGGAGCAGAAGCUAAGGGAAACGGCGAAGCAGGAGGCCCAGCGGCUGAAAAUGCUGCGGGAGGGAACGGAGAACGAACUGAGCCGUCAGAAGUACGCCGAGGAGGAGCUGGAACAGGUCCGUAUGGCCCUGAAGAAGGCAGAGAAGGAACUGGAGUCCCGGGGCAACUGGUCCCCGCCGGAGCCGCUCCAGAAAUGGCUGCAGUUGACACACGAGGUGGAGGUGCAGUACUACAACAUCAAGAAGCAGAACGCUGAACGCCAGCUGCUGGUGGCCAAGGAGGGGGCCGAAAAGAUCAAGAAGAAGAGGAACACGAUCUUCGGGACGUUCAGCGUGGCGCACAGUUCCUCGCUGGACGAAGUGGACCAUAAGAUCCUCACAGCUAAACAGGCGCUGGGCGAGGUGACGGCAGCGCUGAGGGAGAAGCUCCAUCGCUGGCAGCAGAUCGAGCACCUGACCGGCUUCUCCAUCGUCAGCAACCCCGGGCUGCCGUCGCUGGCCUCGGCACUUAACCUGGACCCCAGCUUCGUGGGAGGCACGGGGCGGGCCGUGCCGUCGCACCUCAUAGUCUCCGACGAUGUUGACGACAUGGACGAGGACAUCAUUUCGCCUGGCACGCUGCAAUACGCUGCCUGGCAGAUGAACCGUCAAGUGAGCGACUUGUGGCCAGCGGGUUUCGACUCCUCCUUCCAAUGGAAGCAUUCCGCUCCCAGUAUGAUGUCGCUGCGGCAACGCCACCUGGACCUCCAGCUGGGGGCCAGCUCACAAAGGGAGCUGAACCGAUCCGAUUCGGACUCCUCCCUGUGCUUGACGAAGGCCACCGAGCACCAGCGCCUGACAGCAUCCUACGGCUCCAAGGGUCACCCCUUGCGUGGUGCGUCCCAGACACACCCCUCUCAUGGCCACACCCCCAAUGGAGGGAGCCGCCCAAUCCCGGAGGGUGAGGCCUGGUUGGAGGGUGAUGCUGACAGCCCGCUGAUGAUGAAGAGGGUUUACGGUGGCAUGGAGAAGUCUGCCAGCCUCGGGGAGAUCAGCAGCGGUGUGACGCGGCUCUCGUCCUCCGAGUCCUCCCGCUCACUCACCCCCGCAUCCACUGAUCCAGACACACCCUCCCCCAUUGCUGGGCAGAUUGGUAUUAUCGGGGGCAGGGCAGGCAGCCGCACAACUCAGUUAUCCUCCAAGAAGAGCCCCCUAGAGGAGGACAGCGGUUCUACAGGGGAGGAGACGGACUCCAGUGGCAACCGCAAGAAACAUACAUUCAAGAUCUUCAAGAAGCAGAGAAAGUAAGAAGAGCCAAGAUGACGUCCUAAAAGGGGGUUUUAGGGGCUUUAGGGCUGGGUUCUGUUUCCAUACGAUCUCUCUGGUUACAGAGUUUCAGAGCUGAAAGAUCCUUUAUCGCUGUGAACCUGUGAGAGCGAUUCACUGUUUAAUGAUGUUUUGUUUUGGGGGGGGUGGAGGGGUUGCAUUUAUUUGUCUGAGCUGAGAAUUGCACUGGGAUGGGGGAAAGGUUCCGAUGCGAGGCAUUAUUUAUCCUGCGGGCAGCAAUGCCAACAUCCAAGAGGGAUUUGCGGUGCCUGGGUCCUGCUCCGGCUUUGCCAGAUGUUCCUCGUCGUUUCGUUUCCUCUUUGCACGUGUCUGCUGUCGUCCAGCCGUCAGUGUGGCUCUUUGAACGUCUCCUUCGCUAAUCUCAGCUAAGCUGCUCAGCAUGUGCUAAAUGCCAGACUUUCUUUCUUUUCUAAUGGGUUUCAUAUCCCCCCCCCCACCCCCAUUCAAGCAGGAUAUGAGCAGACUGACCCAGAAGGAGGAGAAAUAUCAGAAUACCUAUUUCAGAAAAAUUAAAAAGGGCUGAAUGACGUUUAGCGCAUUCCACUGUGGCAGCGCUGGGCCGUGACUUUGAUCAUGAAGUGCACACACACACACACACACACACACGAAAUAAACAGGCACAGGCACCCAAGUUGCUGAAUGCUGCAAAAAAACAGUUGGUUUCAUCCCUCUGGACGAAAUAAAACAUCUGCUAUUACCUCCUGAGUCUCUAAAGCAGCUCCACUCAUGACUCGUGGGAGAUGGGCUUCAGUCAUCCCUCUGCUCUUGCAUCAUCUAUGCAUGUCUGACAAAAAAAAAAUAUCUUGGUGGUGACAUUCAGACUGGUAUACUGUGUCAGAAAAUCUGGAAUAAAAAAAAAUAAAUUUCUUUUGAUCAUCAAAAACCUGUCAGUAUGACGUUAAAUAUACGGAAUUUAAACAUUUUAUAACAUAUUUAUCUUGUUUUUUAAUGUAUAUAUUGUGUUAUAAUUGCUUAUAAAGUGUUAAUAUAUAAUGCAGCUUAAGUGAAAUCCAAAAUAAUAUAUGCAUUUUUCAUAUUUCCAUCCAAUUUAAAAAAAUGUUCUUGUAUAUGUCUCCAAAUGAAUGUUUUGAAAUAGCAGUCAUAUCACCACAUCUAUUAAUUAGGGGGUCAUUAAGGGAAUAUGCUGGGCUUUUAAAAACAACUAUUGCCGUCAUAAAUUUGAGCUUAUGGGCUCAUGAAUCGUCAGCAAAGAACAAACUCAGUCAAUGAUUUUUUUUUUUGCCAAAUCAGAAUGUGUUUCUCCCCAUCCUUAAAGCUGAUUGGCUCAAUUCAAAUUGCUUUUCUCCCCAUCCUUAAAGCUGAUUGGCUCAAUUCAGAAUGCUUUUCUCCCCAUUCUUAAAGCUGGUUGGCUCAAAUCAGAAUACUUUUUCCUCAUCCACGAAGCUGAUUGGAUCAAUGCAGUGAGUCAUUGGCAGUCUGGUCUUGUCACUGUCCCCUCUUUUCUCUUACCUGGGGGCCCAAUGGGAAGUGGGAAUUUGGUGCUUCUGUCAUCUUGUAUCUCCUGAAUGUCAUUCAGCAGUGCCUCUAGCGGUGAGCUUGGAUGAGGUCGUGAAACGUGCCAUGUAUUUGUAGAGCCCUAAUUUCACCUUCUUCGCCUGUUGCCAUGGUGUCAGGGUAGGAGGCUGACAUCUGACAAUUCUGAGCCCAAUGUGUAGACUGGGUCCUGCCCCUGCCCCCAUCUUAAACCCUGGGGCUUCACCUCCACUGUGCACCUCUCCUCCACUGUGGAACCGCUUCUGUAUUUGUCCUUCACAACUUCAGCCACUGAAUGCCUGGAACUCACCCACAAUACAACACUGGACAUUCAGCACAGUUCCUCAAGAAUGGUGUGGUGCUGAUGACCGAAGGACCUGAUCUUCUGACUUGGGCCUGAUUCAUUUCCGGAAGGCACCAGUGGUGCAGUGCGGCUAAUUUUGCAUAAAGGCAAUUAGCAGGAAACGAGUGUCAGAUCAUGGCAUGAGAUUGAUAAAUGUUAAAUCCAAAGAGGCCAGUAAUCAUAUUGUUAUUGUGCCUUUGGAGUUGGAUGAGUUCACCUGGACAUAUCUGGGUGAUGUCUUUGCUGUUGUGUUGGGUUACUAUGCUGGGAAGUCAUUUUGAAGUGUUCUUUUUGUUUGUUUUUGUAAAACUGUGUUUGAGGUUGCCAGUUUCAAAUCUGUUUCGAAACAUAUUUUUGCACGGAGAAGCUUUAAGUGGCUAACACUGUCAGGCGGCUUUCGCCUGGCUGUCUAAAUUGUGUCGUUCUGUCUUUUGAUGCAUGUUCCCUGAAGCAGAGCCAGAACAAAGGGUGGAGGAGGGAGGUCAUGCAUUGUAUCAGACUCCUUUGCUCCAGCCCAGACAUGCCUUCCCCUGCCUGCUACCUCCCUUUUUCAGCUUCUGAAAGCACUCUGCCUUUGUAUGAAAUGCAUCUCUGGUAAUGUUUUGGACUCUCUGUUGUUUAACAGACCCCUGCAUGAGAGCAAUAAAUUAUUUUGAACAAA